UACCCGCGUGCCCGUGUGGUUUGCCUGUGUGUCUACACCGAAGGAUAACAACUGGGAAGAGAAAUGCCAUCAAAAAUAAUCUUUGACACCGAGGAUCAAACCAUGGACGAAGACAUCGAUACGGCCGCGGAGGCUAAAGCCCUGAAGAAGAAGCUUAAGAAGAAAAAGCAGUUGGAGGAUCAGGAGCAGAUGGAGGAGCCAGACUGUGAACCUCCAGCACCAAAAAAGAAAAAGAAAAAAGACAAGCUGGUUGCGGACCAAGUGGACGGCCACAUGGAGGAGGCUACAGACAUGAAUGGCAACAGCAAUGAUGUGGAAACACCGAAGAAGAAGAAGAAGGAUAAAAAGAACACAGAAGUAGACACAGAGAAAAAGAAGAAGCAAAAGAAAGCAGUUGCUGAGGAGGCAACCAAUGGACAUUCCAUCCCAAACACACCCCUUCAGACACCGAUCCAGACACCAUCCCAGUCAAGUGAAGACUCAGCCAGUGAAGGAGAAAAAGAACCGGAGGAGACACCCGAGCAGAAAGAAGGAGCCUUUUCCAACUUCAGAAUCUCCCCAGACACCAUCGUGAAACUAAAAGCUCGGGGAGUCUCUUACCUGUUUGACAUUCAGGUAAAGACAUUUAAUCAUGUGUACGAUGGAGAAGACGUACUUGCCCAAGCCCGAACAGGAACAGGAAAGACUUUCUCAUUCGCCAUCCCGUUGGUGGAGAAGCUCCAGAGGGAAUCAGUGGAGAAGAAUAGAGGCCGGGCUCCCAAGGUCUUGGCUUUAGCUCCCACCAGAGAGUUGGCUAUACAGGUCGCUAAGGACUUCAAAGACGUCGCCAAGAGACUUUCUAUUGCCUGUUUCUAUGGAGGCAGCUCAUACAACCCACAGAUCGACGCAAUUCGCAAUGGUAUUGAUGUUUUGGUUGGAACCCCCGGUCGCAUCAAAGACCACAUUCAGAACAAUAAACUCGACCUUUCUAAACUGAAACACGUCGUCCUGGAUGAAGUGGACCAAAUGCUGGACAUGGGAUUUGCCGAACAGGUUGAAGAAAUUUUGGCUGCAUCUUAUAAGAAAGACUCCGAAUCCAACCCACAAACUCUGCUGUUUUCGGCCACCUGCCCCCCCUGGGUUUACGAGGUGGCCAAGAAAUACAUGAGACCAGAGUGCAAACAUAUUGACCUUAUUGGCAAGAAAACACAGAGAGCUGCAACCACUGUGGAACAUCUGGCCAUAGCGUGUCACUGGUCACAGCGUGCGUCGGUGAUAGGAGAUGUGAUCCAGGUUUAUAGUGGCAGCCACGGCAGAACCAUUGUCUUCUGUGAGACCAAGAAAGAGGCCAAUGAACUCUCCAUGAAUACGUCCAUUAAACAGAGUACACAGUCCCUCCAUGGUGAUAUUCCCCAGAAACAGAGAGAGAUAACUCUGAAGGGCUUCAGGAAUGGCACAUUUGAGGUUCUGGUUGCCACCAACGUUGCAGCCCGUGGGUUAGAUAUCCCUGAAGUUGACCUGGUGGUCCAGUGUUCUCCACCCAAGGAUGUGGAGUCAUACAUUCAUCGUUCAGGUCGUACAGGGCGUGCAGGCAGGACUGGAGUCUGCAUCUGUUUCUACCAGAGGAAAGAAGAGGACCAGCUACGCUAUGUAGAAAACAAAGCUGGCAUCACAUUCAGACGAGUUGGCGUUCCCACCGCCAAUGACAUCAUCAAGUCAUCAAGCAAAGAUGCCGUCAGGUUCCUGGACUCUGUUCCAGUCACAGCUAUCGCAUACUUCAGACAGUCUGCAGAGAAGCUGAUUGAGGAGAGAGGAGCAGUUGAUGCACUAGCCGCUGCACUCGCACAUAUUUCUGGAGCCACAAGUCUAGAGCAGAGGUCACUGCUCAACUCUGAUGCUGGUUACACCACUGUGCAGCUGGUGUGUUCUCAAGAAUUGAAUAAUCUGGGUUACGCCUGGAGAACCAUCAAAGAACAGCUCGGAGAAGAGAUGGAGAACCACAUUCACAGAAUGACCUUCCUCAAAGGCAAAACAGGAGUUUGCUUUGAUGUCCCGGCUGACAAAAUCAAGGAGAUCCAGGAGACCUGGCAGGACGGUCGCCGUUGGCAACUGACUGUAGCCACAGAGCUCCCAGAGCUGGAAGAGAAGGCCGGUAAUCGUGGUGGAUUUGGUGGCGGUCAACGCGGUGACAGAGGAGGAGGAUUCAGAGGUGGACGAGGCCGGAGUUUUGGCGGACACGGUGGUCGUGGUAACGGGUUCCGGAGUGGCGGUGGUGGCUAUGGCAACAACAGAGGGGGACACAAACGCAACUUCAGCCAAGCUUUUGAUUACUGAAGUGGACUGUGGACUGAUGGGACUGGCUGUCACUCCUCUGGGCUGGCAGUGUUUUUAUUGGCUGUCAGUAAGAGGGAUAUCAAUGUGUGGCUGGUGGAAAUCAUGAUACAAGCUGAAAUGUAAGCUGUCAUGUAUUCAUAAGUUCAAUAUAUAGCACAUUAAAUUAUCAGUUUUGGCCCUCCAAAUAUAACAAGCAUAACAUUAUUGCUGAGGAAUUAAGUAUAUUUAAGUAGCCAUUUCCCAAGAGUUUAAGAUCAGAUUCUCUGUGUUAUAGUACCACUGGCAGCCAUUUUGUAAGGCCUGAUAUGUGCUUCUUUUAGCAGAUGCAUUAGCUGAAACUCAUGAAAUGACAUUCUUAACAGCUGAAUUUUCACUAUACAGAUUAGUACAUUAUUCAUUUGCCAUGUCUUAAAGGGCAAAGAAUCAAAAACAUGGGCUAAUUAAGCAAUAGUAAAAGUUAAGCUGUAUGUAAUGGAGUAUGUUACCCACUGAGUUUUAAAUAAUGUAUUAUGUUUUUUUAACUGGGUGUUUGGGGAACAGUGGCAGCAAACAGACCAAAGCUGUUGUUUAAAACAAAAUGUAAAAGAUGUUGACAUAACAACUAGUAACCAUGCUAUUUGUUACAUGACUACACUAGACAGCCCAGUCAGUGUGCAGGAGAAGGUGGAACACACUGUACUGUGGAAUGGAAAUAGUGUCGACCUUUACAUUUGAGCUUAGUGUCAGUUUGCUGCCUUAUCUCAGCUAAGACCUUUGUCCCCAAAAAUAUAUUGGAUGAUUGCUUUGCAAUUGCCUCUAUUUAAUAUCUGUCUACUGCUUUCAUUCAUUUGAAUGAAAUGAUGUGUUCAUUAAAAAAAAUCAAUUCA